AUGCGCUUUGGUCGACUUGCUGCAGCACUGGCUGCUGCUGUGAUGGCCAGCUUGGCCGAGGCACAGUCCUCGACCUCGAUCAUCAGCGGCGACGGUCCUCCCGCACCCAGCCUGUCGCGUACCGCAGCCGUGGGCAGCUGGACGCCCAAACCGGCCACGGACGGACUGACGCAAGCUUCGCUCGAAGGCAUGGGCCGCACCAUCUACAUCAACAGCGCCAGCGAUUUUUGCCUACUCAUGCCACCUGACCCGACCAAGGAGAACCUCGUAGAUGCGGAAGCCAUCGCUGUAGCCUACUGCACUAACCCGGUCAACGGUUCGCGACCGAUGCCGGACAAGUUUAUCAAGACGGCACAUUUUCGACGGACUCCGAGCUACAUACAGAUCACGGGUACGUACGACCCCGCUGUCAUGAACUUUGGCACCAACGAUUGCGGUGGCGAGUACGAUUCCGAAGGUGCCGAGGGCGUCGGCAACCCUGCCGGAGUGACGAUGCGCAACGGAAGCUACUUUACGCAGUUCAUGGGAGCAUGUGAUAUCCCCGGCAACCCUGUCUUUUGCCUGCGCAUGUGUCCUGGCUAUGACUACUGCAGAAAUACGUUCGACCUGAUGGGCUGCCUGUGGAACCAACCUGGAGACUACGACGAGCCGCAGGCGUUCACCAACUGCGACGCAAACGCUGAUCUGCCGCCCGGCGUUUACAACAGCAGCUACACCUUCAGCCAGGGUAUGAGCAUCACACCACCACCCGUGAAUGCCCCUGCGUCGUCCAACUGCCGUACUGCUACUUCGCCCACCGCGAGCGGUGUCACCUACACUUGGAACCAGGAGGCUGCUGCUGCUGCUUCGACUUCCCCCUCGUCCAAAUCGCCUGGCGGCAGCUCGUCGUCAAACGGUGAUGGCAACAGCAGCAGUGGCAGCAAGAGUGGUGCUGCGUCGGUGCCUGGUUCCAUCAACGUGCAUGCUCUCGGUGUCGUCGUCGCGCUCGGAGUUGUGGUAGGCGGCGUUCUCCUUAGUUAA